AUGUCACCACCCUCUCUACUUGUCCCUACGGGGUCAGCCCAUCCUGUGAAGCUCGACGAGCCCGUAACGGUGCCUGUGGCCACGACAAUCGGCCCCGACCUUGGUGAUGCCAUCAGGACAGUCGACGAGCUCGUCCGGCGCAGAGCGAGAGCUCAUCCGGACCGCGUCAUAGUGUCCUAUCCAUCUGAGGGCACUCGAUAUGUCGACUAUACCAUGCAACAACUGGAUGUCUUCGCUUAUCGGGUCGCCAAGGCGUAUGAGCAACAGCUUCCUGUGCGCCAGUCGUCAGCCGAGUCACCAAUGACUGUUGCGAUCUUGGGGCCCUCAAAUUUCGACUACCUCAUCACCAUGCUCGCCCUGACCAAGCUGGGUCACACAAUUCUUUUCCUGUCGACGAGAAUCUCUCAAGAAGCUGUCAACAACCUGAUUACCACAACAGGCGCCGUCUGUCUUCUCGUGGAUCCAAAAUACAUGACCACAGCGGAAUCGGCGCAGAAGUCAAUCAAGAAGCUCAAUGUCUUGGAGAUACUCGGCAAAGCCUCGUUCGACUUUCCCAUCGAUGUCCAUGCCGAUACGCGAAUAGAUAGCCAUCUUGAUCCUUCCGUCGAGACCAACAAUCUGAUAUACAUAAUUCAUUCCAGUGGGUCAACUGGCCUGCCAAAGCCCAUAUGUCAAACGCAGAAAGCAGCUGUUGCCAACUAUGCCGUCAGCAUGGAAAUGGCGGCUUUCAUCACUCUACCCCUGUACCAUAACCACGGCAUAUGCAACCUCUUCCGGGCCAUUUUCGCAGGAAAGCCAAUUCAUUUGUAUAACGCGAGUCUGCCCUUGACCCGCGACCACCUGACCGAAAUCAUGAAGAACCAUCAGUUCGAGAUCUUCUACGGCGUGCCAUACGCCCUGAAACUACUGUCCGAGUCUGAUCUUGGGCUUUCACUGCUUCGGCAUUUCAAGAUUGUGAUGUACGGCGGCUCAGCUAUGCCUGACGAAUUGGGGGAUCUGUUGAUAUCGCGCGGCAUCAACCUGGUCGGCCACUAUGGCGCCACGGAAGUGGGACAACUCAUGACGUCUUUCCGUGACAACUAUAUCCGGGAAACGCCAAAGCUUUCGCCAUUCUUGAAGUGGAUACCCCGAGGCCAGAACCUGUUCGAGUGCUGCGUGAUGGACGGGUGGCCAGCCAAGGUGGCAUCCAAUCAGGAUGAUGGGAAUUACAUGACCAAGGAUCUUUUUGAACCGCACCCGGCCAUUCCAAAAGCCUGGAAGUACAUCGCACGUCGUGACGACACAAUCAAUCUUGAGACAGGCGAGAUGUUCAACCCCGUGAGCACGGAGGGCGCCAUCCGAUCUAGCAAGAACGUCACCGAGGCAGUCAUCUUUGGCGCAGGACUCCCAGUACCGGGGGUGUUGAUUGUCCCAGCAAUGAGCUUGGUGGGCAAGACGGAUGACGAGAUUAUUGAGCUGGUCUGGCCGGUCGUCGAGUCUGCUUGCCGCGAGGUCGAGGCCUAUGCGCGGAUCAGCAAGUCCAUGAUCAAGCCCUUGCCAGUUGGCUGCGACUAUCCCCGUACGGACAAAGGUAGCGUGAUUCGACAGGCAUUUUACAGAACGUACGCGGAUGAAAUAACGGAGGUCUACGACAGAGCUGAGAUCAGCAACGGCAAUUCGCUCAAGCUCAGCCUGCCCCAGCUGCACGAUGUCUUGCGAACAUCUCUGGAUGAGGCACUUGCCAAGGACGGGUCCUAUACCGACGACACUGACUUCUUCCUCCUCGGCCUCGAUUCCCUUCAGGCCACUCAGAUGCGGAGCGACAUACUCAAGACAGUGGACGUCCAGGGCAAGAGACUUAGUCAGACGGUUGUUUUCGACCAUCCAUCAAUCAGGCAAUUGAGCAAAUAUCUGUUCUCGCUCUCGAACCAUCAAGAAGGGGAACAGGAGGAUGUCGAGGGCGAGAUGCGAGACCUGAUUGAGAAGUACAGCCACAAGCCCGCGACUGCUGCUGUUUCAGCCUCGGCAAUGUCUGUCGUACUCACCGGCGCUACCGGCUCCCUUGGUGCCCAUGUUCUUGCCAAGCUGGUAGUAGAUGAGAACGUUGGUAAGGUUUACUGCCUUGUGCGGGCCACAUCAAACAAUGACGCAGCCAGCCGCGUCAAGUCUUCGAUGAUUCAGCGCCGGGCCUACCAUGAGCUAUCCCUGCUUCAGCGCAGAAAGAUUGUCAGCUUGGCUUCUGAUCUGUCACAAGAGAACCUUGGUCUCUCUGAUAACAUGUAUCACGAGGUGGCAAGUACUUUAAACUCGGUUAUACACUGCGCGUGGUCGGUCAACUUCAACAUGCGGCUGUCCAGCUUCGAACAGAGCAACAUCUCUGGUGUUGCCAACCUCAUCUCUCUUUGCGAGAGGAACAAGAAGUUUGGCCGAAAAACCGGCCCGGCCAGCUUCAACUUCUGCUCUUCGGUAAGCUCAGUCGCCCGGGCCACCGUUGACCCGGUGCCUGAGCGCCUGCCGGAGCUGGAGUGGGCACAAGGCAUGGGCUACGCCCAGUCCAAGUCAGUUGCCGAGCAUCUGUGUGCCCGAGCCGCAGAGCGCGGCGUAACUGCUCGGGUGCUUCGUGUUGGCCAGAUUGUGGCAGAUACGAAGCACGGAGUCUGGAACAGCACAGAAGCCAUCACCAUGAUGCUCCAGACAGCGACCACGAUCGGUGCGCUGCCCAAGCUCCGCGAGACUCCAUCGUGGCUGCCCGUAGACACCACGGCAGAGUCUAUCGUACAGAUAUCCCUCUCGGACGCCGGCAGUGUCUUUACUCAUGUGGCCAACCCGAAAACCUUUGACUGGACAUCGGAUCUGCUACCGGCCCUGAGGCACGCCGGUUUAGACUUUGAAGAGGUCGAGCCGCGGGAAUGGGUGAAUCGUCUGCGCCAUUCAGACCCAGAUCCGGCCAAAAACCCCCCAAUCAAAUUGGUUGACUUUUUUGCUUCCAAGUACGACAAGGACGAGUUCGGCCCAUCCAAGAGAUACGCCACUAAUAUUGCCUGCUCGCUGGCACCAGCCCUCGCUGAUGCGCCCGUCCUCGACCAGCAGCUUGUCGACAAAUUCGUGUCACAUUUUAGGUCUGGCGCAUGGGUGACGUCUCCCGAAACCGAAACCCAAUCUCGUCCCAGGACGGUUGUCGUGGCGGCGGGACCAUGUGGUAGUGGUAAGUCAACUCUGGGAUCCACAUUGGCAAGAAAACUCCAGAGUCCUUUCAUAGAGGGCGACUCUCUCCACGCGCGCGGCCACAUCGAGAAGAUGGCUUCCGGGCAGGCUCUCAGCGAUCAAGAUCGUGCUUCCUGGCUGGCAAGGGUCGCUAGGCGCGCAGUCGAGGCCAUUGACGAGCUAGGAUUCGAUUCUGUCAUUGUUAGUUGCUCGGCACUACGUCGUUCGUACCGCGAUGCGCUCCGCAAGCAAAUCGGCAAUAUUGCCAAGGUGGUGUUUUUGGACCUCCAGUGUUCCCCGGAGCUGCUGGCGCAGCGAACUAGUAACCGGCCGGAGCAUUAUAUGCCCGCGAGCCUGGUAGAGAGUCAGGCCUUGUUAUAUGAGCAGGCGGGGAUGACCGAGUGUGACGUGCUGCCCAUUGACGCUGAAUGCAGUCCGGAAGCCGUUUUGGAGGAGGCUUGGUGGCUCCUUAAACACGGGAGAGUGAUAUAG